UAUAAUUAAUCCACCAGUAGCACAUUCUGGAAAAACAGCAGAAGCAAUUUUUAAUGAGAGAAAAAAUGAACAUGGAGAAGUCACACAUAAUGAAAUUUUAUCUUACAGUAUAAUGAAAAAACAAGGAUUGUCGCUUAAAUUUAACGUUAAAGACCCAGAUAAAAAAUAUAACGUUAGAGAACUUAACG